AUUAUAUUAUUUAGCAGUACUGGAGUGAGGAUGGUAUGAACAGCUUCAGGAUGCUUCUAGAACGAGAUCUAAGUACUACUAUGAUCCAUAACCAGACCCAUCUGUGGUCCCUCAACGCCUGAGGCACUACUUCUGCCUUGCCGCCUUGCCGAGAUCGCUCUUCCGCGCUAAACCCGCUCCAAAAUUUUACCCUCUCCGAACGUGAAUCUGGCUGUUGUCCAUCGUUCUCCAGUCCCAGACGUGUCUACCGUGGAUUAAACAUAUUCAAUUUACCCCCUCAGACACACAAAUAUGGCGCAUCGCAUUCUCACGCAGGUUGUCGUCACGGGUACCCGGGUGCUUGGAAGAGCCUUUGUGGAGGCUUACAAGCAGGCCUCUGCCUCCUCGAAAUAUGCAGCUCAGGCGGGCAAGGGCAACACCUCCGGAGGGAACACGUUCAAGUCUUCCGGCCUGACGCUGGAUGAGGCUUGCAAGAUCCUCAACGUGAAGCCGCCACAGGCGGGAGAAGCCAACCUGGAGGCCGUCACAGAGCGGUUCAAGAAGCUCUUUGACCUCAACGAUCCUCAGAAGGGCGGAAGUUUCUAUCUGCAAAGCAAGAUCCUGCGCGCGCGGGAACGCAUCGAGAUGGAGAUCCGGGAGGCUGAACGGAAGGCGAAGAUGGACAAGGAGAUCCGGGAAGGGUGGAAGCCGCAAGUGUACAAGGACCGGUGAUUUUCCUUUGGCUGGUCGGAUUCGAAAUACUUCCGCGGAGUUGACUGAACGAUCUGGCGGCUCGAACAUCAACUGCACGAUUCACACGGAAUCUUCGCACGUUUAUUCUUGGAUUCGAAGCAUAGCAUGGCGUUUUGGUUGGUUGGUUUCUUUCCCUCGAGACUUUGAUCGGAGAGAACUAGAUCUGGUUUC